AUGUUUGACAAGAUCAAGAAGGGCGCGCAGAAAGCGGGCCAACAGGCUUCUGUCUUUGUGAAAGAGGGCUCGAGCAAGAUCGCGUCGGAGUCACAAAGCUUUGUGCAAGGUUUCAGUCUCCCGGGCGAAGCUGAGAAAGCGGCCAAGAUUCUGGCGAGCUUCCUUGCGGAUCCAGAACACCCCGAAUCUGCUCUGAAUUCUAUCCCUAAACUCGUCCUCCAGCGUGCGCGAGGUCUCGCCGUAUUCUCUGUGCUCAAGGCUGGAUUCAUGUUCUCCGGCAAGGCCGGUUCGGGACUCGUCAUUGCACGGCUCCCAGACGGCUCCUGGUCCGCGCCAUCGUGCAUUGCCACUGGCGGUGUGGGCUGGGGACUCCAGAUCGGUGCAGAUAUCACCGACUUCGUCGUAGUGCUCAAUAGCGAGGACGCUGUCCGUGCAUUCUCAAUGGGCGGAAACGUCACCAUUGGCGGUAACAUCAGCGCCACGGCUGGUCCGAUUGGUACCGGUGCAGCACUGCAGUCCGCCGUAGCACAUCCUGCGCCCAUGUUCUCAUAUUCCAAGUCGAAGGGUCUGUUCGCUGGGCUCUCGCUGGAGGGCACUGUCUUGAUUGAACGUAAGGACGCCAACAAGGACUUUUACGGCUCUUCAAUUCCGGCUGCGGAUAUCCUCGGUGGCCGCGUGCCUCCCCCAGAGGUAGCCUCCAGGCUGUACGAAGUAAUCGAAGCCGCGGAGGGUGUUGAUGAGAGCGGCUUGCCGGAGAACGCAUACGUCCCCACGGCGAAUGGUGGUCACAUGGAUGUUCGAAGUGGUGGAACCGUCUUCGAUGCCGAGGGACCUUGA